UUGGGGGUCCUGGGCUCAGAAGUUGGAUCUUUCUGAGUUGCAUAUGCCACAGAAGAAAGGUAUAUAUCGGAGGAGGCCCCUGAAGUUUCAGGAAGACUGCCAGAUUAAGAUCAAGGUAGUGGUUCAAGGAUCAAGGUAGUGGUUCAAGAGUCAAGGGGGGAAAAAGUGGCCCCCUCCCUCACUGCAAAAUGGAGAUGGUUUUAUUUUAAUGAGAGAUGGAAUGUGCCAGGGCUGUAGGAACCAGGCACCCUCCCUCUCUGGUGAGUCACCCUCUCUCCAGGGUCCGAGAAGCUGGGACUUGACUCUGGGCCAGGUUUCUUUGCCCUACAGGCUGGGGAGCCUAGUCCGCUCCCUCCCUGGGGAUUACGCUAACUGGAGAAGCGGAGAUUUCACCCAGUACACAGCUUCCCUGUACAACCACGCUGGCUCGAGUGAAAUGGCUCUGGCUCCAGGCUGGAAAGUCUGGCAUCCUCAGGACCCUCUCGUCUUGCCCCCUUCUUGCCAGUUGCCCUGGCUCUUGGGGUGCUUAUCUCUGCUGAUGCUCCUCGCUUGAAAACCCACAUUUGGCACCCUCUAGCUAAACACAGCACAAAAAACGGAGAUCAAAGCAUUUGUAUGAGCAGUGGUGCGGGAGGUGAAUAUUUAACGCUUUUGUUCAUCAAUAACUCAUUGGCUUUGACCUGUCUGAACAAGUCGAGCAAUAAGGUGAAAUGCAGGUCACAGCGUCUAACAAAUAUGAAAAUGUGUACCCUCACUGUCUCCCCACCCUACCCAGCAGGCUCCCCCAAUUUGCCUGGAUAAAGCCUAGACCCAGUGUCCCCAAGAUGGGGAGUGUGGGGGAACAUUUGGCACUAGGGGUAGUUGGGGGGAAUCUCCCUGGGACAAGGGACGUAGGCUUGGGGCAGCCUCAGAGCUCUUGUUAGAAUUGGCACCAGGAAAUCCCUACAAAAUCGCUAAAGCACUGGAACCAACGGAUUGGGGUGGGGGGAGUGUGCAAAGUGCAUUGUAGAAGCAGGCAGCCAAUUUUGCCAGGCUGGGGGGCAGAGGGGAGUCUGCCUGCUCCGCCCCACCAGGCCAAAACAAAUUUUUGAAACAUGAGUGGAAAAACAAAACAAUCAAAAAACAUUUUAAUGCCUCUGCCCCACAGUCAGGGAUCCCAAAGCCCCACUCAAUCCUGAGCAUCCCUCUGCCCCCGAAAUUCAUCCGGGCCUUGGGCGCGUCUGUGCUCUCGGUGCCCUGAAUGGAGGGGUGAGCCCCAGACAGUGCUGAAGCGCUGGGGCAGGCACGCAAUUCGUGAACUUUUGUACUCUUGUGUGCUGCUGUCGGCAAAGCAAAAAUAAUGAAACUUUGUGAUAUGUUUGUAAAUGAUUUUGAAUGACCCCUCACCCUGCCCUUCACCAUUAGUGCAUUGGCCCCAGCCCAGGGCAGCUUGGUGCCUGCAAGCAGCUUCUGCCUCGGGGUCUGCAGCAGCAGCAGCAGGACGGAGAGGCCAGCCGGGCUCAGGGCCCAGGAAGGUAAAUGCGCGACUUCUUGAAGAACUAGCUUUGUCAGCCAACCUGGCUCACCCCGGCAGGAGAAAAAAAUAGUGGAUGGAGAAUAUUCCCCUCUUGCCUUUCUUCUGUCACUGAGGGCAUUUGCUCCUUUCUGGAAAAUGCCACUUGAUAAGGGGGGAGGGAUAUUGGAUUUGGAGAAAGAGGAAUAAUAAAACCGCCAUUUCUGGGAUGAAUAUUUUUUCUUCCCUAAGAAGACUGUUCUGGCUCCCUGGCUGCUUGGUAACCCCCGCCCUAGUGAAAGGGUGGGGAACUCAUUGCUGCCAAUUGCCACCAAGCCCUUCAGGCUACCUGAACCAUCUUUGAAAAUGCCAGGGGCUGUGUCGGGCUGGUGGUGGCUCCGAGGAAGAGGCCAAGGCUAGCAGCGGUCUGGGUGCCCAAUUUGGGUGGAACUUGAACGUAGUAACGUUGUCUAUAUAUACCCUGUAGAACCGAAUUUGUGUGGUAUCCACAUAGUCACAGAUUCGAUUCUAGGGGAAUAUAUGGUCGAUGCAAAAACUUCACUUUUCUCCAAAAUAGCCUGAGUCAGAAGGAGAGGCCAGAAACAGCCGGGGCGGGUCAACCACCUCUUUCUCUUUUAUUACGUUGGACUCCAGGAUGAUCAGCGGAUCGACUGAGCCUGGUGACAGAGAGCACCCUUUUCUUCAAGAAGCACCUCACCUUUAUACGGAGGCUCCUGUGUAAACACCUAAUUGGUUGCAGGAAUUCGGAGCCAAAGGGCUAGGUUUUGGAGGGCUGGGGAGUGCGGUGGGAGGCCAGGUAGCCCCAGCUCGGCCCUCAAGGAGCAUGAGGUUGGAGGGUGCCCCAUGAGGGGCUCACUGGCCUUUGAGUGUCCUGUGAGAAGGAAGCGAGCUGGAAAGAAGGAGUGCAGAGUCCUUUUGGGGUCCAUUUGGGUGGGGUGGGGUACCCUCGCCAUCUUCCUGGCACACCUCUCAGCUUCACGGGCAGAGGCAGGGGGAACCUCUUGCCAUACCUGAAAGGCCUGGCUUUGGCUAGAAUUACCCCAGCUCGGGCACUCACAGAAAGCUGGGCGGUUACUCAUUGCCUAAAUGGAUUCAGGCCAGCCAGAUUGUAGUAACUUUUGGGUGACCCUGAGGAAGACAAAGCCGGGACUGAGCCUUUGUAUGGCAGUCCCCGUUCCCGCGGCCGGCCGGGCUGGCGGGAGCUCUGCCUGCUGGGGUAUUCUGCCCAACUCUGAGCUGCCUCACCCACCUGCCUUUUGGUGCCUACACUCCAACGGAUAUUCGGAUUCAGUCCACUUUGAGCUGUGCCCACUUUGGGGGGCUGUUUUCUGGCGGGUUGGUGAGUAGAGAGGGCACUGGAGGUUAGCAAAGUCAGUGGCAGACAAAAGCUGGAAUUACUUUUGGGGCGAUGAGGGUGCUGAGGGUUAUAAGUAUAUUAACAUCUCAUGAGGGCCCUCGAAUGUGCCACAGCGAGUCACUUGAUUACACGUAUGUUAUUUAGUUAAAUUUGUGAAAAUUAUGAGAUGCUCACCAACCCGGUGAUAAACUCGCUCCCUCGCUAUUGGCUGGCCUGGUCACAUGGCCGCCAACUUUAUUCAGUUGACAGCAAGUAGGAGGGCCCUAUGGAAGGAGAAAAAAAGACAACACGAGAAAAAUUAGUAUUUUCUACCUUCUGAAAUUAAUGGCCAUGAGUUCGUACAUGGUGAACUCCAAGUAUGUGGACCCCAAGUUCCCUCCCUGCGAGGAAUAUUUGCAGGGCGGCUACCUAGGCGAGCAGGGAGCCGACUACUACGGCGGCGGCGCACAGGGUGCUGACUUCCAGCCCCCAGGGCUCUAUCCGCGGCCCGAUUUCGGUGAGCAGACCUUCGGAGGCGGCGGCCCGGGCCCGGGCUCGGCGCUGCCCACGAGGGGUCACGCGCAAGACCCAGCAGGCCACUACGGCGCCCCCGGAGAGCCGUGCCCGGCGCCCCCUGCGCCCCCGCCCGCGCCCCUGCCAGGCGCCCGGGCCUGCAGCCAGCCGGGCGGCCCCAAGCAGCCGCCCCCAGGGACGGCACUCAAGCAGCCGGCUGUGGUCUACCCCUGGAUGAAGAAGGUGCCCGUGAACUCCGUGAACCCCAACUACACCGGCGGGGAGCCCAAGCGGUCCCGGACAGCCUACACCCGGCAGCAAGUCCUAGAACUGGAAAAGGAAUUUCAUUUUAACAGGUAUCUGACGCGGCGCCGUCGGAUUGAAAUCGCUCACACCUUGUGUCUGUCUGAGCGCCAGAUCAAGAUCUGGUUCCAGAACCGGAGGAUGAAGUGGAAAAAAGACCACAAGCUGCCCAACACCAAAGGCAGGUCCUCGUCCUCCUCGUCCUCCUGCUCCUCCUCGGCCGCCCCCGGCCAGCAUUUGCAGCCGUUGGCCAAGGACCACCACACGGACCUGACGACCUUAUAGAAGUGGGGACCCUGGGCCCAUCCCUCCCUGCGCUCCCGGCUGAGCCGAAGCCGCAGGGGCAGGCCCGGCCUGCUGUCACCUCGCUGGGCUCUAAGGUACUGUAGGGUGGACCUGGGACGUGCAGGCCGUCCUUGGACUAGGUUAGCAUCCUGCCCGAGGGCAGCCCCCUACCUGGAGCGGGUAUGGGGGUGGGAGGGGGACGGGACUCUCUCUCUAAGUAUAUGAUCAUAUGGCAGGAGCUACUGAGAACAUAAAACCUUGGCGAGUCAUUAAACUCAUGAAAAUCUCC